AUGACAUCAAAUCGAAAUAAUCGUCAUUUUUAUACAUCUUAUGCUUUAUAUGUGCCUCCUAAUAACAAUUCAAAAGACAAUGAUUCUAUAUCAUUUACAAGUUUAGAUAUAGAUCGAAUUUUUGGAUUACGUCAUUUAUCUUCAAAUUUAAAUACACUUUUAAAUUACCGACAUAUAUCAAAUAAGAAUUCAAAAAAUUCAAUUGGAGAUAAUAAAAAUUCAAAUAAAAAAGAUUUAAUCAUUAAUGGUCUACUAUUUGAUACACAAUUAUUUCAACCUAUUCGUUCAUCUUAUAUAAUUGAUUAUACAGAUGCACCAGAAGAUCUUAAUCAACAUCUUGAAGGUCAUAAUAUAUCAUCAAUAUGUUCAUCAUUAGACACUCAUCUAUUUAAAUUAGCAUUUAUUAUAACAUUAUCAGAUGGAUAUGUUGAUAAAGAACUUUUACUUGAAUAUUUUCCACGUGAAGAUAUAAAUGUAAAUAUUCUUGAAGAAAUUUCAUAUUAUAAACGAUUUUGUUUUCCUGAAUUAAAUUCUAAACAUAAAAAUCGUGGACAACUUUUAACUGAUCCAUCAACAUAUGUUUUUACACGUAUACUUUCAAAUGGAGAAGUUGAAUAUGGUUAUUGUCGACGAUUAACAACAGUAUCUAAUCAAAUAACAAAAUUUCCGAUUGUAUUUUGCGUCGUUUCGACUUAUUCAUGUUUUAAACUGUAUGACGCUAUUUUGAAUGAACUAACUAAAGUAUACAUAUCAAAUGAAGUUGAAUGUAAUCUUUUAAUACGAUCAUUCUAUUCAAAACCAUUACCUGCUCCUACACAAAAUUCAUCAAGUAUAACAUGUAUGCUAAAUAAUCGUCGUAUAUUUUAUUAUGUAUGUCCACGUGAUGAUCGUCUUAAUCAUGAUUAUUAUUCUACAUUACUUUCAUGUUUAUCACCAAAUCAUAUUGUUCAUUUAUUUGAAUCAAUGUUAUGUUCAAAACGUAUAUUAGUUUUUUCACGUUAUCCAUCAAAAUUAACAAAAUGUUGUCUUGGUCUAUCAUUAUUAAUUUAUCCAUUUAUAUGGCCUUAUUCAUUUGUUUCAUUAAUGCCAUCAUCAUGGUUACAUGAUUUAAUUGAUUCUCCAUGUCCUUAUAUAUAUGGUUGUUUAUAUGAAACAAUACAAGAUAUGCCAUUUACAUUUGAUCAUGAUGUAAUACGUGUUGAUCUUGAUAUGAAUACAAUUGAAGAUUCUACUGAUAACAUAUGUUCAUUACCAUAUAAUCUGCGACAAACAUUUGAAUCUUCACUUGAAUAUAUAAUAAAAUAUCGUUUAAUAAAAUUAAAUUCAAAUUUAAUUAAUAUAGCUGUUAGUGAAGCAUGUUUACAUGUAUUUAUAGAAUUAUUUUAUCUUUUACCAGAUUUUUUUCAACAUAAGAAUAUAUCAAAUAAAAACUCUAAUGAUCAAUUUUCAAUAUGUUCAAAUUAUUUUAAAUAUCAUGAUAGUGGAAUUGAUCUUCAAUCACUUGUAUCUGUUGAUUUAGAAGAAACAAUAACAGAUCAUGAAGAUAAACAAGAUAAAAUUCAAUUUGAUUAUGAUUUUCAUUCCGAAGAGUUUCUUAAUGUACAACCAAAACCUUUUGUUACAUUUCUUAAAGGAUUUGUUCAUGGAAUGAUAUUUUUAAAAUUUCUUGAUGAUUAUCAACGAAUUGAUGAUAAUAAUCAAGAAUCAUUUUCACUGUUUUCUCAACGUUUAAAUGAACGACGUCAAAUGACAGUUGAAGAUUUAGCAAUACAUCCAUUAACAAAAUUUCAACAAAUAUUUGAUUUAUUGGUACAACAAAUUAAUCAAGUAUCUAAACAAGCAAAUCCAUCUUUUUCAAAAUAUUUUAAAAAAAUAUUUGAACAAAAAUAA